AUGAAUCAUAGCAUUGUGACUGAGUUUAUAAUCUUGGGCCUCACCAGAAAUCCAGAAAUUGAGGGACUUCUCUUUGUCCUCUUUCUCUGCAUCUACCUUGUGGCUUUUCUUGGCAAUAUGCUCAUUGUCAUUGCCAUAAUGUAUAACACGUCCUUACAUACUCCCAUGUAUGUUCUCCUUCUGGCCCUGGCUAUUGUGGACAUCAUCUGCACAACGAGCAUCAUACCCAAGAUGCUGUGGACCAUGCUCACAUCAGAGAAGACAAUUACUUAUAGGGGCUGCAUGUCCCAGCUCUUCUUCUUCGCAUGGUCUCUUGGAGCCGAGAUGGUUCUCUUCACCACCAUGGCCUAUGACUGCUACGUGGCCAUCUGCUUCCCUCUUCGCUAUAGCAUGAUUAUGAACAACCACAUGUGUAUGGCCUUACUCAGCAUUGUCAUGGCUAUUGCAGUAACCAAUUCUGGGGUGAACACUGGUCUCACUGCAAAGCUCACCUUUUGUGGGCCCAAUACUAUUGACCAUUUCUUUUGUGAGAUACCUCCCCUGUUAGCUUUGUCCUGCAGCCCUGUGAGAAUCAACGAGGUAAUGGUGUAUGUUGCUGACAUUACCCUGGCUGUAGGUGAUUUCACCCUCACCUGUAUCUCCUAUGGUUUUAUCAUUGCUGCUAUUCUUCGAAUCCGCACAGCAGAAGGCAAGAAGAAAGCCUUUUCAACGUGUUCAUCCCACCUCAUAGUGGUUUCCCUUUACUAUUCCCCUGUAAUCUACACUUACAUCCGCCCUGCUUCUAGCUACACAUUUGACAAGGACAAGGUGGUAACUAUGCUCUAUACUCUUGUGACUCCCACAUUAAACCCAGUUGUGUAUAGUUUCCGAAACAAGGACAUGCAGGCAGGUAUUAGUAAGUGGUUUGUUUCUCUGAAACAUUAG